AUGCGGCUCAGGCAGAACCUGAAGGCAGUCUGCGCUGUGGCUCUGGAGACUGGUGGCCUUUUUGAGGCUUCAGCCAUUCUGCACUUGACAAAGGAUGCGUUUGAAAAGGUGCUUAAAAUCUAUACCUGGAUUUUUCCACUCUUUUCUUUUGCAAAACAUCCGGAGACUAUACUGCAGCCCAGUAUCUCCCCAGGCGACUGCUGGGCCUUCCGAGGAUCUAAGGGACAUGUUGUCAUUCGGUUGCCGGUGAGAAUCUGGCCAACAGCUUUCACCAUCUGGCAUAUCUCGAAGGCAGUCUCUCCUUCCGGGGAAGUCAGCAGCGCCCCAAGAGAGUUUGCCGUCUCUGGAGUGGAUGAGGACAAAACAGAAACUCUCCUUGGGCUAUUCAUCUACGAUGUGGACAGAGUGAUUGCUCAGACCUUCCACGUGCAGAAGGAGCCUCCCAGAACCUUCCGCCAUAUCAAACUGGAGGUGCAAAGCAACUGGGGCAACCCAGAAUACACCUGCAUCUAUCGAGUGCAGGUUCAUGGGCAGACAGAAAAGCCACAAGAGUUUAUUAAACAAGAAUAAUAACAUUAAAAAGAUGU